GAUUUGUUCUAGAUUGCAGCUUUCGCAAUGGCGUCACCUCUGAGUGAAGGACGCGUUGUAAUUAUUCCUAGAAACCAAGUGAUGGCCGGUUCGACCGCAACUAAACCAGUGGCCGCUGCUUUCUAUCUAAGUGUUCUAAAAGGACAGCCUAAAGCUCUAGGGACAACACAGAUUGUCCUGUCACUGUUACAGAUAUCACUGGGGUUAAUCUAUUCGCUUUCUAACGGAUGCGUAACCAUCUCCAUAUUGACCGGCGUUAAUUUCUGGGGAUCAGUAUUUUACAUCACUUCGGGAUCUCUGUCAGUUGCAGUGGAGAAUCAUCCGUCCAUCUCUUUGGUUAAAGGAUUCCUAGUUAUGAAUAUCAUCAGCUCUGUGAUCGCAGUGGUUGCCAUAAUUAUUUUUUGUAUCGACAUUGGUGAAUGGUAUCAUGGUUGUUACUAUUGGCCGAUAGCUAAGAUUGUUCAUCUUUCAAUACUAAUUGUUGCGUCCUUCCUGCAAUUUGGUGUGUCGCUGUCUCUCUCCAUUUUCGCAUGGAAGUCCCUGGACCACGCAGACAAUCCUCCGUCCCAGGUCUUUAUAAUACCAAAUGAUUACGUUCCUUCCGGACCCUCUGGUAAUCCUGCCUUUGGGAACCUUUAUACGGCAUCCAUACCCCAAGACAACGGAGUUCCCACAAGUCCUACGGCUCCCAUGUAUCCUGGGGAACAAGGAAGCCACGCUAUACCUCUGCCCAACUAUUAUGGAAAUACGGUGUCCUCCUAAAAGCCACAGCAGGAUGGUUAGAACAUGACAUUGGCUUUUUCCAUAUCAACCCUUGCCACGUAAUUGAAUUUACCUUCUAUUACUCAUUACAGAAUAA